AGCCCGGAGCUGUAAAAGGAGCACUCACUGUACCUCUAUGAAUCCCUGUCGUACUUGUCUUCAUCCCAGACGAAAUCAUAUAGCGAUAGUGUCAAUUUGGUCGUAUAGAGGAAUCAAUCAAAAAAUAAUAGCUGUUAGUAGUGAUCACUCAUAGCUUGAAGUAUGGUAAUGUUAACAUUAGAUUGGUUUCUUUAUUAAGGCUACAUUGUCCGUUGAGGGGGUUAGGCUACAUCGUGGAGUUAAAAGGCGUACCAGUUGUGUCUGUCCUGGUUCUGUCAGAUGAACAAAUCGUAAGAAGUCGACACCACUCACGCAUUUUUCCAGCUGACAACAUAGUAUUAGUGAAGCCCCACCGUCAUGGCAUCUCCAUCUUUUCUCCUCCUCUUCCCCUCCCUGGGUUGGCUGUCUGCUGUGACAUCAUCAGAUCCCUUUGUCCAUGCUCCUCAUUUCACUGGGUGUAAAUCCAGGGAGCUUGUGACGUUUAGCUGUUGGUGGAGCGCCGGAAGCUUCCAGAAUCUCACGGAACCCGGAGCACUGCAAAUGUUCUACUGGAAGAAAAAUGAUUUGACGAAAGAAUGGAGGGAGUGCCCUGACUACUCCUCCUCUGUGAAGAAUGAAUGUUUCUUCAAUAAGAACAACACAGUUAUAUGGACGACCUACUGUGUGCGGCUCAGCUCCAAAAGCCAGAACAUCACCUACGAUGAAUUGUGUUUCGAAUUGCAGGACAUCGUGCACCCUGAUCCCCCGGUGGCCCUGAACUGGACGCUGUUGAACGUCAGCCGGUCGGGCCUGAACUAUGACAUCAUGGCGAGCUGGGAACCUCCGCCCUCGGCAGACGUAUCCGUUGGAUGGUUGACACUGGUGUACGAACUCCAGUUCAGGAGGAGGAACAGCUCACACUGGAAAGUGUUGGAGCAUGAGUUUGGCACUCAGAAGUCAAUCUACGGCCUUAGUACAGGAGAGGAGUAUGAGGUGCGCGUGCACUGCUCAAUGAGGGCCUUCAAUAACUUUGGGGAGUUCAGUGAUGCCAUCUUUGUCCAUGUGUCAGAGAUUCCCAGUAAAGAGUCCACGUUCACUGUGACUCUGGUCCUGAUCUUCGGGGCUGUGGGAGUGGCCAUUUUCCUCAUGCUCAUCAUCUUCUCUCAGCAGCAGAGACUUAUGGUGAUUCUUCUGCCUCCUGUUCCUGCACCCAAAAUCAAAGGGAUUGACACAGAACUGCUUAAGAAGCGAAAGCUGAAUGAGCUGAACUUCCUCCUGAGUGUUGGUGGCAUGGGGGGUCUCCACCCCUACCCCCCUGACCUGUACCAGGACGAGCCCUGGAUGGAGUUCACCGAGCUGGACGCAGACGAAUCUGAGCCUGGGGAGAAGGAGGACAACCAGAGCUCGGACACACAGAGACUGCUGAGCCUGGGUCACAACAACCACUGCACAAACCAUGGCUGCUCUCACACCCUCAGCAUCCCUGAUAAUGACUAUGAUCCAGAGCUGCCUGACCAGGAGACCCUAAUGUUGAUGACUGCCCUCCUGUCCAGCCAACCUGAAAAAGUUGAACCCUGCCUGGGGAACCUGCGAAGCCACUCCAACCCCCCGGCUCUAGAGGUGCUGGAUGUCCCAUGCCCAGGGCUCCAAGCUCCAGAGGGAGGGGAGAGGCCCCUGGUCCAGACCCAGCUGGGAGGCCCUUAUAGCUGGGUCAACAUAAACUUCUAUGCCCAGGUCAGCGAUGUAAUGCCCGCUGGAGGGGUGGUGCUCUCACCAGGCCAGCAGGUCAGAGCCCCAGAGAAUGCUAUAACAACAGAGGAGGAUAAGAAGAAGAUUGGGAAGAUGGAAGGAGGAGAGGAGGAGAGUGAAGGGGAGGAGGAGGAGGAGGAGGAGGAGAGAAUAAAUAAGAAAUUGCAGUCUCAGCUGCUGGUGGUGGAUCCUGAGGCUGGGGGCUACACGACAGAGAGUAGUGGCCGGCAAAUCAGUACCCCUGACCCCUCCUCACCUGGGGAGGUUUACCACGCCUUCCCCCCACCUCCCCCCUAUCUCCUGCAUACCACCCCCCUAGGGGACUACCAGUCCCUGUACAUCCUUCCCAACUCCCCUGCUCAGUUCCUGCCCCCUGUUUUGGACUACACUGUGGUUCAAGAUGUUGACUCCCAGCAUAGCCUUCUCCUCAACCCUCCUUCCCCCCAGGGGUCCCCCUCCUGCCCCCCACAACCAUCCUCCAAGCCCCUGCCCACAAUGCCCAUAGGGUACCUCACCCCGGACCUGUUAGGCAACCUCUUGCCUUAAAGAAAAAAACACAUCCCAGGAGGCCUUGGGGCAUAGAGGUCAGAGUUCACAGGCCAGGAAGUCAGUAAUCAUCCCAGAAAGACGGUCUUGUUCUACCUGAAACCAAAUAUGUUACGGGACAGACAGGCACGGUGUUUGUUUGAGAGGGUGAUGGAAGGGAAGCUGGGAAAGAGAAACGUUUAGAUGUUGUGUUUGGGUUUUAUAUAAGUGAUACUGGAACUUGAGGAAAGAGUAAAUUGGCCUUUCUGGUUUGACAGAGCUUAAAGGAAGACUUGUGUUGAACAAAUCUUACAGUGCUCUGUCUGACUAAGACCGAGACACCCAAAAACCCACAGUCUGAAACCUUUAAAUGCACAGAUUUCUAAUAUAAGGUUACACACAGAUACACUUAUGCACCACAAAUACAUAGACAGACAAGCUCAGACAUGAUUCUAGUUGUAUGUUAUCUGAUACUUAAAGGUAUCUAUCAUUUGACUGAUUAAGUGCUAUGUAAACAUGUUCCUUGCAGACACACCCAGUCCCACCUUAAUGUUUCCUACUAUGAUCUAUUAUAGAAAUGUCAGAGAGAAGUGAGUAAAGAAACAAGCUCACAUAUGUCAUAUAACAUAUAGAUAUUUAAUACUGUAGCAUAUUGGCUUAAGUCUUAACUAUACUGUAGAUGGAUCAAGUAACAGAAUAUAAUGGAGAGUAACAAGCACAUUUAUACAAUCACACACACGCACACACAGUUACAUCAUCGUUAUCGCCUCAUUAAUUGACAGAACACUUAAGUGUGCUGUUUUGUCAAACUUACCACUACAAUGAGCGCAAAGUGACUAUUGGUGACUAUUGUCGUUCAUUUAGCCCUCGUUAUUUUGCUUAGUAGCACAUUCUCAUGCUUAUAUUUAGCUUUGAAUUCUUGCAGCAGAAUCAUCGAAUCGUUACCAGACUGAGGUCACAGUAUUGAACACAGCCAUUAGACAACCUGUCUGUACUCAAUGUGAAAACUCACUCUGAUUACCAUAAUAAAUAGGCAGCUCAUAACAGCGAA